AGUUUAUCAAAGCACAGUCGAAGCAAUAUUGGAACUGAGGGAGGUCCUCCACCAUUUGUGCCUUUUGGGACAGCGUUGUGCAUCUGUUACUUCAGUUGACAGCAGAGAACUUGAUAGCCGAAAGACGCUGCAGGCUCCGAGUGCCACCAAAUCUGUGGGGGAGAAUGAUGAGUUUGAAAAACAAAGGACUGCUGCCAUUGCUGAAGUAGCAAAAAGCAAAGAGACCAAGACGUUUGGAGGAGGCGGAAAUGCUGGAAGCAAUCUCAAUGCCGCUGCUGGAGGGAGUCGUAAUAGGGAAGUGUUCCAGAAAGAGAAGAUAAUCAGAAGUGAAGGUAGAUCGGAAGGAGUGUAUCGUGAGCUGGUUGAUGAGAAGGCUCUGAGACACAUCACAGAGAUGGGCUUCAGUAAAGAAGCAGCUAGACAGGCACUCAUGGACUUCAGCAACAAUUUGGAGGCAGCUUUAAAUUUUCUUCUUGCUGGCAGCAAACCAAAGCCUGUUCAAGGGCCACCACCCCGAGGUAAAGGAAAAGGUCGAGGAAGAACACGAGCAGAAGCUGACGAUGAAGUAACUAAUGCUAGACCUUCUGCACCUAGUACACUGUUUGACUUUCUGGAGUCCAAAAUGGGUACUUUUUCACUCGAAGACAGCAAGCCACAAACUCAACCUCAAAGCCAAGGACAACACAGAGUUCCAAAUGUGGAGCAGAAUGGAGUGAAGGAUUACAACCAAUCUCGUCCGUUUUCACGAAAUGAUACUAGAGGUCCAAGGAAUGAAAAACCCCCUCGUUUCCAAAGGGAAGUUCAUGCAUCUAGACCAUUUGAAGGUAACGGGCCACCAAGAAGUCGAGGUCCAGAAAAACAUAGUUCAGAGCCAUGGAUAGAAGACAGGAGUAAGUGUGAAAGAGGAUAUCAAAGGAAUGACAGAUUAAAGGAUUUUUCACAUUCUUCCUCUAGUUACCAAACUGAUGGUACGUUUAAAAAAAGAGAUAAUACUAUGCAAUGUAGGAACAUAAAAGGUCCUAGCCUCCUUGAAACAAGAGAGGACACCGUCAUUCAGAAUAAUAAUACAGAGGCUGCUCAGCAAAAACGUGGUAGAAGAGAAGACCAAAGACACAAUUCAGAAUUCUAUAUUGACAGGAGACCACAGACAAGUAACAGUGAAGCAAUCACUAGUUUACCAAACGAGAAAACUUUCAGUGCCAAUAUGGAGUCAUCUAACUAUCAUGCAACAUUAGUAAAAGAUGGUGCUAAUAAUGAUUUAUCUAAUGGAGAACUUGAGCAAAAAGAUCGAAGAAUUGGCCCUAUAAAGCCAAUAGGAUCAAUUCUGAAUUCAACACAAGAAGAUAGAAAUAAAAUGUUAUAUACUAAUAACUCUAAAAAGAGAUCUGGUCCGAUAAAACCAGAGCGAAUUCUGGAUAAUGUCUACACGGCCUUUAGCUGGAGACCAGGGGAUGAAUGUUUAGCUCUUUACUGGGAAGAUAAUAAGUAUUACCGAGCCGAAAUUGAAGCCCUACAUUCUUCUGGAACCACAGCAGUGGUAAAAUUUUGUGACUAUGGGAACUAUGAAGAAGUACUAUUAGAAAACAUUAAACCGAUCCAGGCAGAGGCAUGGGAAGAAGAGGGGGAAUAUGGAGAUUCGCUGGAUUUCCGCAGAGGAGGUGAUGGACAGCCAAGGAGAUCUACUAGACCAACUCAGCAGUUUUAUCAACCACCCAGAGCACGGAACUGACUGUUAAGAUCUACCAUGAAUUUCUCACAGAAGAAAGGAAUACUGCAGCUGUUUUCACGGAAGUGGUAUAUUUUUCUAAAGAACUGCCUUGCACUGUGGUGUUAAUAUCCCUAUUGUGACCAAGACUUGGGGUCUUCAGAUGCUAUUAGCAACAGACUUGCCAUCAGUUAUUGGUUUAACUAAUCAUUUUUUAAGCAAUUAUUAUUCAUUUCUUGUUUGCAACAAUAAAACCACAGUGCACAU